CAUCAUCAUCACGACCACCAUCAUCAUCGGCAUUGUCUUCAGCAUCAGCAUAGUCACGAUCCGUAGCCGUUUUGGCUCAAGCUUUUUUGACUCAAGGGACAUCCACCUCGUUGCCUGAGCGCGGCCCCCAGAGAGUGCACAGACCAGCGGGUCAGCCUCAGGCCGGAAUUCAGGAUGUUCUUUGGCGGGUUCCCAGGGAUGGACGGGCCAGGUGGCAAGAGCGGAGGUCGCGGUAAUAGCAAGCCUGCCGACACCACCAAGUUCUACAAGCUUCUGGAGGUGGACAAAAGCGCGAGUGACGCCGAAAUCAAGAAGGCGUACAGGAAGCUAGCCGUCAAGCACCACCCCGACAAGGGCGGCGAUCCCGAGACGUUCAAGGAAAUCACCCGGGCGUACGAGGUCCUGAGCGAUUCUGAGAAGCGGGCCAAGUACGACAAGUUCGGCGAGGAGGGCUUGGAGGGUGGCGGCGGCGGGGGCGAUCCGUCGGACAUCUUCGAUGCGUUCUUCGGCGGCGGCGGCCGGCGCGGCGGGGGCGGCGGAAAGAAGCGCCAGAAGACGAAGGACGUGGUCCAGCCUCUGAAGGUCACCCUGGAGCAGCUCUAUGCGGGGACCACGAAGAAGAUGGCCAUCACGAGGUCGGUGAUCGACAAGAAGAAGGGGGUCACCGAGUGCCGCUCCUGCGACGGCCGCGGCGUGAAAGUCGAGGUCGUGCGCAUGGGGCCCAUGAUCCAGCAGAUGCAGUCGACCUGUGGGGCGUGCGGCGGACAGGGGCGCUCCUUCAGCACCAUCAAGGAGAGGGAGGUGCUGGAGGUGGUGGUCCAGAAGGGCUCGACGGACGGUCACAAGAUCCCCUUUCGAGAGAUGGCGGACGAGCACCCGGACGCGGACACGGGUGACGUCGUCUUCGUCUGUCAGCAGCAGGAGCACCCGGUCUUCAAGCGCAAGGGCGCCGAUCUGUUCGUGGAGAAGAGGAUAUCGUUGGUGGAGGCGCUCUGCGGCUUCAGCCUCGACAUCACGCACCUCGACGGCAGGAAGUUGCUCGUCAAGACAGCCCCAGGCGAGAUCGUGAGGCCCAUGGACGCCGGCUUCGACCCGCUGGCCGAAGGAGAAGCCAAGAAGGAGUGGGAGGUCUUCGAGGAUAGCGAUUGCCCCACCUCGACAACGUAGCCCAGGCCGACACAACUGACAUCGAGACUCUGAAGAAGGCUGUCGAGACGCAGCUCAAGAGGAAGGGCAUCGACGUCGGCGUCUUCGUGGUGGAUGGCCACCGUGCGUACUUCAAGCAGGCCUCCCGGGAAGAGGCGCUGGCCGCGAAGAAGCCGCGCAAGGGCCACACCAUGUACGUCGUGUCGGACCCGGACGCCAACAAGUCGCUCCGCAUGAUGAAGGCUGUCAAGGGCGAGGGCAUGCCCACGUUCAGGAACCCUUUCGUGUUCGGCAACCUCUUCCUCAUCCUCACGAUCGAGUUCCCGGAGUC